AUGUCUACAUCUAUGUCAGACCACACGGGCCCAGCGCGCUACACUAUCAACUCCACCUACUGGAAACGCAACUACGAGAUUUCUGGCCCAAGCCCGAUCUAUGUAGAAAACAGCAAGAUGACGCCAGGCAAGUCGGAUUUGGUUUUCCAUGACAGCACUCGUCAAGGUCAUGUGAUGGCCACGGUGAAAUAUCGUCACGUCUCAGCAGAUAUCAAGAUUGGGCUCAAUGACAACAACUCCGGGGCCUUUCGCUGGAAGUCCCUAAGCCGCGUGAAGCGGGGAACCUUUCGAUAUAGCUUUACCCAUGAAUUAGAUCAUGGUAAACCUGAAACUUUCACAUGGCACGCAAAGCAUCAUUUGACUUUUACUCAGGGAGGAAGCUUAGAGUUAAUCCACGAUCGGACGGGGGAUAUCGCAGCAGUCUUUGCAAAUUACUCAGCCCUCUACCCUCCAACCUCGAGAAACGAAAGCGAUGGUCAGGUAUUGGAAGUCAAAUUAGAUCUGGGGGAGGACUUCUUUCUUAUCGUACUCGUGACGUGUCUCGCACUAUAUGAGCAGAUGAGACGGAGGAAUAAUACCGCUGCUGUUAGCGCUGACGCCUCUGUAGGCCUGGCCGGGGCUGGCUCUACUAUUUAA